AUGCCAGUUAUCUAUGGGGACAGUAAUGUCUAUCCACUUUGGCCAGAAGGAUAUGAUUGCUUCUAUUUGAAGCAUGUGUUAUCUGUGAAAGGCCAGAACCGAUGCAGCGAGAAGGAGAACCUGGCAGGUUUCCGUCAGGAUGUCCUUGAAAGGAGCCUGUUUCAAGACACCUACGGCAUUUACAACACAGUCCAAGCUCUGGCACACGCGUUGAAUGCUGCAUACUUGUCCAGAUCCAAGCGAAUGUUGAUGGCAGGUGGAAACAGGUUGGAAGGCGAAAGAGGCCAGCCGUCACAGUUUCUUCCUUUCCUGAGAAACAUCCGGUUUUACAAUUCUUCCAUGGAUGGAGUGUAUUUGGAUGAGAAGGGGGACCUGGCAGCUGACUUUGACAUUGUGAACGUCAUGAAGUUUCCUAAUAAUUCCCUUCAUACAGUGCCUCGUUCCAGAUGUACUGAGAGCUGCCGACCUGGGGACUUCAAGGUGAUCCGGGAAGGAGAGCCACUUUGCUGCCACAAUUGUGCUCCCUGCACGGAAGGGACAAUCUCCACCAUGGAAGAUGCAGAACACUGCACUAAAUGUCCAGAAGAUCAGUAUUCAAACAUGGAACGAGUUCAAUGUAUUCCCAAGAUUAUCGUGUUCUUGGCCUAUGAACAAUCUUUAGGGAUCGUCCUGGCUUUAUUUGCCCUGUUCUUAUCCUUAACCACAGGCUUUGUGGUAGGAAUCUUCAUUAAAUUCCUUGAAACUCCAAUAGUCAAAGCCAACAACCGGGACCUCUCCUACAUCCUCCUCAUCUCCCUCCUGCUUUCCUUUUUGUCCUCCUUCCUCUUCAUCGGCCAGCCAAGGAAAGUGACCUGCCUUCUUCGACAAACAGCCUUCAGCAUCAUCUUCUCAGUUGCCAUUUCUUCUGUGUUGGCAAAAACCAUCACUGUGGUGCUGGCUUUCCUAGACACAAAGCCAGGGAACAGGGUGAGGAAAUGGCUGGGGAAGGGUCUGGCCAUCUCCAUUGUCAUUUCCUGUUCAAGUGUCCAAGUUGUCAUCUGCACCAUCUGGCUGGGGAUCACUCCCCCAUUUCCAGAUUCUGACAUGCACUCUCAGCCUGGACACAUCAUUCUGAAAUGCAAUGAAGGGUCUGUUGCCAUGUUUUACGGUUCCCUUGGCUACAUGGGCUUCCUGUCUGCUGUCUGCUUCACAGUGGCUUUCCUGGCCAGGAAGCUGCCUGGGACCUUCAAUGAAGCCAAGCUGAUCACCUUCAGCAUGCUGGUCUUCUGCAGUGUUUGGGUGUCCUUUGUGCCCACCUAUCUGAGCACGAAGGGGAAAUAUAUGGUAGCCGUGCAGGUCUUCUCCAUCUUGGCCUCCAGUGCUGGCCUUCUGGGCUGCAUCUUCAUUCCCAAGUGCUACAUAAUUGUACUCAGGCCUGAUCUGAAUACAAAGGAACAUCUUAUGACAAAAGAUGGCAUCUGA